ACGAAGUGGAGAGAUAGAGAGAGGGGAUCAGAGGAGAAGUAAGUGGGUGUUAAAAGUUUGGGUGCUUUUGUUUACCUUCGUCUGCUGCUCUGAUACGAAGCAGAGGCGUCUGGCGAAGUUAUAUUCGUGGCUGGGCGAGCGGAGGCGGUGACGGCAUCUCAGUAGCCAGUAGCCCUUCUAACGAACCGGCCUAAUGCUCUGCCCCGGCGCGGUCGACCCGGUCGCCAACCGGUUCGGCUCCGCUCUGGUUCUCCGCGAAGGGACGGAGACGGACAAGGUCAUGGAGAAGGACAAGCCCGACGACGGUGGUGGCGGCAUCCUCGACUCCCCCGUCUCCCCACUUCGUCCGCGGGCUAACACCAGCAGCAGCUCUAGCUCCUCCGGAUCCGCCCCCGGACGACCACUGCCGAUCGCCAGGUCCGAGGAGACUAGCCCCACUGCCGCCGCGGACGGCGGCAGGGUCUCCAAGAACUCCCACCGCCGCUCCGGAUCCGGCCAAUUGAUUUUCUCCUCUCGGGCUGCCUUCGGCGGCGGGUGUAGCUCGGCGACCUCGCCGCUGACGAAUGUGCUUCCCGCAGGCAACAUCUGCCCCUCGGGGAAGAUCACGGGCAUGGUGCCGAGGACCACGGCGGCAAGGAGCGACGUGCUUGGCUCCGGCACCGGGAACUAUGGCCACGGAAGCAUAAUGCGCGGGGGGCGACCGGGCGGCGAUCCAGCGACGGCGAGCCGGGGGGAUCCGAGUGCGAAGAGAGCCGCGGCGAAGGUGGAUCCGCAAGAGGUGACGAGGGCGGGGAAUGAGCAGUACAAGAGGGGGAACUAUGGCGAGGCGUUGCUGUUAUAUGACAAGGCGGUGACGAUGUGCCCGGAAAAUGCUGCCUGCCGGAGCAACCGAGCGGCGGCGCUGGCGGGGCUGGGGAGGUUGGGGGAGGCGGUGAGGGAGUGCGAGGAGGCAGUCCGGCUGGAUCCAUCGAGCUGCCGUGCGCACCAUCGCCUCGCAAGUCUAUACCUGCGGUUAGGGCAGAUAGAGGAUGCAAAACAGCACCUAUUUUCAACAGGGGGUCAGCUAGACACUAGAGAAUUGCAAAAGCUGCAAACACUGGAGAGGCAUUUAGGCAUAUGUGAUGAAGCGAGAAAGGUUGCUGAUUGGAAAAGUGCAUUAAGGGAAGCUGACGCAGCAAUUGCAGCAGGAGCAGAUUCUUCUCCAACGAUAAUGGCAGCAAAAGCAGAAGCCCAUCUCCGGAUUCUUCAGAUCGAUGAAGCUGAUUCAGUCUCUUCGAACUCGCUUAGACUUGAAAAACCUCCAUUUUACUCGGAUGCCAAAGUCUUUGGCAUGCAUCCAGGUUCUUACAUCUACAUGAUCCGUGCACAAGUUGAUAUGUUCUUAGGAAGGUUUGAAAAUGCAGUUGAAUUAGCUGAAAAGGCUAGGAGGAUGGAUCCCAGAAAUAUGGAACUGACAUUGAUUUUUAAUAAUGUCAAGUCAGUUGCAAGAGCUCGGACUCAGGGGAAUGAGCUCUUCAAGUCUGGAAAUUUUGCAGAGGCCAGCGAAGCUUAUGGUGAAGGGCUCAGGCUUGAUCCAUCAAACCCAGUCCUCCUUUGCAAUAGAGCCGCAUGCCGGUCAAAGCUUGGACAGUGGGAGAAGUCUAUCGAAGAUUGCAACCAAGCCCUCAAAAUCCAACCCCAUUACAUCAAGGCUCUUCUGCGCCGAGCUGAUUCCAAUGCCAAGCUUGAGCGAUGGUCUGAAUCUGUAAGAGAUUAUGAACUUCUCAGCGAGAAAAUUCCAGCAGACACUGAGGUGGCUGAAGCAUUGUCUCAUGCACAAGUUGCACUGAAAAGUUCACGGGGUGGAGUCUCUAAUUUGAAGUUUGGAGGCUACGCCGAGGAGGUUACUAGUUUGAAGCAGUUCCAAGCUGCGAUCAGCUUACCUGGAACUUCUAUCAUUUACUUUAUGGCAACAUCCAAUCUGCAAUGUUCCCAGAUUUCACCAUCCGUUAAUUCAUUGUGCACCCACUAUCCAUCUGCAAAUUUUUUCAAGGUCGACAUCAACAAGAGUCCUGCUGUCGCCAAGUCUGAGAGCGUGAGGGUCGUGCCUACAUUCAAGAUCUACAAAAAUGGGAUAAGGGUAAAGGAGAUGAUCUGCCCCAGCCAACAAGUGUUGGAGCAUUCUGUGGGGCACUAUAGCUAGGGAUAAGUUUGAAGCACUAGUUCCAUGAAUUCAUAUAAAUUUUCAGAUCCCACCAGGCCAGCUAUGUAUUCAUUCAUUGACUGGAGACAAGACUGAGUUCUGCUUUCCUUCCUAUGAUUAAGCUAUGCAUAUUCUUUUAGUGUAUAUACAUUAUAUAGAGAGCAUCUAAAUCGGUCUGGAGGUUGGGUUGAGAUUGGUAUAUCAAUUCAUUGUUUCACAUUACAAUCAAUGUUCAAUUUUGUUGCUGCCACUGUUGCAGGUGGAAGCUUACAUGUGACUUCUCCUCUGUAGAAUAAAUGAAUUGACAGUAUUCUCUCUUCCUCUA